UACCAACAAUGUUGCACGCUUCUACACAGCUAUAACUCACUGUACGAGCUUGCCCUACAAGAGGCAAAUGUAUAAUCGCUCGGACUAGUGCGUGCAGCAAUGAAGCCUUGAAUGGCACCGAAAAAAGCCAGCUAUUGAAGACGAAAUGAAAACUCAGAUGAUCCGCUCGGAAUCCGGGAGCGGGUUCUUGGAUGAGACGUAAAAAGUAAAAGGAACCCCCCCCCCUGGUGAGAGAAGAUGUAGGAGGUAUAAGAGCAUCGUGCAAGCGCUCAAAGUGUGCAGGGACAUCUAACCCCCACGUUAAUUCGAGUCAAAAGUCGAUCGUCAACAUGAAGUUCUUCCACAACAACUUCAAGCUCACCUCUCUCUUCCUUUUCUUCCUCCUCACAAGUAUCAACUUUUCGACCGUCUCCGCCAUCAUAAGCGGUAUCAAAGUACCCACCAACGUCCUCCGACCCGGUCACAAAUUCACCGUGACGUUCUUCACGAACCUACACAUCAUCAAUAACGCUCAGUAUUACGUUAUAUUCGGAUUGGAACCCGGAACGACUCCACGUUCGAACGUGGGCGAAUUCGUCUUGACGAGUCCUCAGAGCGAUUUGGUCGAAGGGGGACAUUCCGUGUCGGGAUUUGGAAAUUUUACGAUAGACGUCCGAUUACCUCGUAACUUUCAGAUCACUGGACCUGGGAAGAAGCAACAGUAUGUGUUAUCAGCGGCUGUGCUCCAGACGGUGAGUUUUUGUGAUUUUGGGUUGAAGAUCUAUCCAAUUGUCUUAUUUUUUGUUUUUAAAGGCUGGAAUAGUGAAUGGCGCAGAUGUCAUAAGCUUCAAUGGAAUCGUCACCAUCGCCAGGCACUAGGUCGAGGAGGCCGUGACGAUGAAAGCCAUCGCUGUUCACGAGAGAUGAUGAUGAUGAAUGAUCUGGAAUCGGAUUCGAAGCGCCAACGAGUUUUUUGGUUGGGCAUUUGUAUUGACUGAUUCUCAUGAAAUGAAUGAGCUAGUACGCCUGAUUAGAAGAACA